AUGACCAACAGGUGCCUGCUCCGGCUCACCAUCCUGCUGUGCCUCGCCGGCGCCGCCCUGUCCGUGAACUAUGGCGUGCUCCGGUUCCAGCAGCAAAACAGCACCUCGGCCUGCCAGAGGCUCCUGCGGCAGCUGAUCAGAAGCCCCCAGCAUUGUCUGGAUGACACGAAGGACUUCCAGAUCCCCGAGGAGGUGAAACAGCCAUGCCAGGUCCAGAAGAAGGAAGCCAUGGUGGUCAUGCACGAGAUGCUCCAGCAGAUCUUCAGCCUCUUCUGGAGAAACUUCUCCAGCACCGGCUGGAAUGAGACCAUCGUGGAGAACUUUCUGCAGAAGCUCCACUGGCAGAUGGACCGCCUGGAGGAAGCCAUGCAGGAGGGAGAGGUCCCCUCCGAGAGCAGGACCAUGCUCCGCCUGAAGAUCUAUUACUUAGGCAUCGUCCGCUACCUGAAGGCCAAGUCCUACAGCAGGUGCGCCUGGACAGUCGUCCAAGUGGAAAUCCUCAAGAACUUCUCCUUCCUCAAUGGACUCAUCGAUGCCCUCCGGGACUGA